UGAAUCGUGAGGUUGUUGGCGCGCGCAUGCUACACGGACUAGAACGAGGAGCAAAACCCACCCACCCACCUCGCCACUGAAGGCACGCCAUCCUGUGUUAUUUUUUUUUUCCCGGCUCCGCCUUGUAAACAAAAAUAACUUUGCUUGUGCGGUGGUGACGGCCGUGGUGGUGGUGUAUCAACCCCCAAUGGCCACAACGGCAACAAAGGCAACUACAAGGCUCGAGUGGCAAGGGCAAUACAGACAGCCAGCCAAGUUUUUCGGGGUUGCAGACAGUUGGCAAACAAGCUGUGAAUUCGACUUUAAAAGCCCAUAAAUAUUGAGCAAAAAAUACUCGUAAAACCGCAAUAGCAUUCGUAUCUGUAUCUGUGUCUGAGCAUCUAUCGCGUGGACGUUUCUGUGCAUUCAAAAUGAGCGAUGCAGGCGGCUAUCAGAAGCUGCCCCCCGGCUGGGACUGCAAAUACGACCAGACAACGGGAAAUUGCUAUUACAUAAACUAUCUGACAAAGGCCAUGCAGCUGGAGGACCCGCGCGGACGCAGUUACAAGCAGCUGCAGAACGAGCGCUGUUCCACCGAGUCGAUAGCCUUGCAGCAAAUGGUCAGUACGGCACAGACCUCGCACAACAGCUCGCCGUAUCACGUCUAUCCCAGUAACAGUUUGACGGCUGUCAGGGCCUUUCAGGAGCGCGAGCAGUCCACGCUGCACAAUAUAUCGACGAGUCCGCUGCUGUCGGCCUCCUCCAAGGGACAUUUGGAAAUGUCCUCGCCCCUGCCCUUUCAACGGACCCGCCUGGGUGGUAACAUGUCCAGGCGUUCCACCAUUCAGGAGACCUCGUUCACCACCCAAACCGAAACGGAUGGCGUGGUGGCCAAGAUCCAGAACAUGUUCCCCACAGCCGGCGAGAACCACAUUCGCCUGCUGCUGAAGCGCUACUACAAUCGCGAGGCCGUCGUCAUUAGCGCGUUGCAGGUGGAGAAGCAUCCGGUUACGAUGCCCGGGCCCUUUGUGACGCCACCCGCACAGCGGCAUCUGUUCCACAGCAAUUCCGCUUUCUAUAUGACACCACCGGCGCGUCGCCUGGACAUGGCGGCUAGUCGGGGCACCUCCCGCACGGCCAGUCCCCUGCCAGGCGGCCGUUUUGGUAGUCUCAUGAGCAUGCAAAGCGGUGGCCACUUGGCUCAAGUCCUUCCCCCAGGUGCUGUGCCGCCGGCUUUGCAUGGAUCCCCGCAGUGGCGGAGCUCGCCCAAGCCGCACUCGUCGCCCAAAAUGAAAUUAAGAUACAUGAAGAACAUAUUUCCCAAGGCGGAUGAAAUGCUGCUCCUGGACAUCCUGGCCAAUGCGGACAACAAUGUGCAGUUUGCCUCGGAGAAACUGAUUUCUUUGGGCUACACGAAGCGGGAUAUGCAGCAGCCGCACAAGCCCAACAAUCGUCCCCCGGAGCAGCCAGGCGGAGAUCUGGCCACACAGCACAUUCCACUGCGCCCCAAGGAGUACUCCGACGAGGAGAAGGCCAACAUGCAAACGCUGCUGAAAGAGAAGUACCCACAGAUUGCCGAGCGCAUCAUUCUGAUGGCCUUGGAGUCGGUGAACUAUGCCGAGGAUCGGGCCACACAGAUACUGCAGAUUGUGCAGGACGAGGACGAGCAACGAGACCAAAAGCAUGCCGCUGUGCUACCCAAGCAGCUGGAUCUGGGGAAGGUCAUAGGAGGCGAGCAUGUUGAUGGUCAUGCCACAGACAGCAUUCUCACGGUGGUGGUGGAGAGAGCACCCACAACCGUCUGUGCACCGAAGCCACCACACAAGCGCCACAUUUUGCCAUCCAUCAAUGUCACAACACCGUCAACGGCCACCACACAGAUCAUCCUAGAUCACCGCCACUAUACGCCCACAAUGGAGGGGUACAAGGAGGUCAAGGCGGUGGAGGAACAGGCAGGGGAAGAGGAGGCCAGGAAGCCCCCAGAGAAGACACUGUCAUCCAUUUCCAGUGCAUCCUCAUCGCAUUCAUAUGUCUCACCCGCACAGUCACCCACAUUGCAGCCCUGCUACGAACGCCUCACCACCAAGAGCAUCCUGGCCCGCGGAGGCUGCGGUAGCUUCAAUCCAACAACAAACACCAACAGUUACAAUAAUCUGAACAGUAGCAAUAGCAAGAACUACAACAUCAGCGGCUACCUGCAUGGCAAUUCCCACUGCAAUAGCAAUGCUAGCUCCUAUUCCUCCUAUUCAACAUCAAUGACGUCAUCAUCGCUGGCAUCGGCCAACACCAACUCCAACUCCUCAUCCAUAGCGAAGGCAAUUGAAAGUCGCUCGCGCGCCAAAACCGAUUCACUGAAACAUCGACAGCAAUCCACGACCUUUGGAAACUCCCAUAACUCGGAUUCCUCAGAGUUUCAAUCCAUAAUCGAACGCAUGGCCACCCUGGGAGCCAAUUCGCAGCUCACCAAAGGAGCAGAUGAAAACCUACUAUUAGCUGACUACGUCACCUGGAAUGGUCCCAAUACAACGCUCAUCCACAAGCAGCCCACCCAAGGACCCGAUGCCAGUCUGUUGAGCGAACGCACCUACAAGACAACCGGCAGGAACACGGAAUUGUGCAAGGGAGCCAAGGCGGGACUGGCCAAGGGCAGCAUUUAUGCCCAGGGAAGCAAUAAAAGUCCCAACAUCAAAUGCAACUAGACCGGCGGACCGGACAGUCUCCUCUAGAGUGCCAAAAAGCAGGGAGAAGACAUUUAAUCAAUAGCAAUGCACAACACCCUCCAGAAACUCAGACUAAUCUU